ACAUGUGAGUUUGUGUUGUUGUGAGGGUGAAAGGUAGUUGACAAUUCCAGUCCCGUUUUGGAGUUUUUGGUGAAUCGGAAAUCGCCGAUACCUUGGAAACCAUGCAGACGGCAGAGGGAUUGUCGCGCUUUCCGCGGGAGGUGUGGGAGAAAGUGCUGUCAAAGGUAAAUAAAGCGGUGGUUUUCAUGGAUGUCAGGUGCAUGGAGAGCCUCCACUGGAACGGAGGGGCGGUCGGUUUGCUGGAAGCAGGAGCUAGAAAUCUGAAACAGUUCUCCAGCUUCGAAGCCGGCGGCGAAAACGAGCCGAAAGCGGUGUUUGUCGUCAGCACCCUGCUGAAAGGCAGAACGGCGGACAUUAUUAAAGACAUCGUCCGCCUCAGUCAUUUCAAGUACUGCGUUGUUUUCACCGCCGUGCCGCACUCCAUCCACGUCCUGGCGAACAACGUCAACGCCGAGCUCGAAGGGAAUCCAGUGUUCGAACAGUUCGAGGAAAAACUCUGCGAGUGGAUGGGGGACAUGAACUUCACCGCCGAGGUCAUGCACGCUCCCGUGGUGCUCGCACCCGUAGCGCCGCAGCUGCUGCUCCUACCUGCCUUCGAUGACCUCUUCCCCCUGCUGAGCGAAGACCUGGAGACGAUCAACAGAAAACGGCCAGACAAGAAGAAACUGGGAAGCCUGUCGGAUGUGGACAUGCACUCCCUGCCGCCCGAGCUGCAGAUCCGGCUGAAAACGCUCGCCUCUGUGCUCAGCUCCAUGUUCGAGUUCGCAAACGCGCGGGAGGAGUGCUUCGCCGUGGGGCCGCUGAGCCGCAUCCUCGCUGGGGAGCUGGCCAGUCACCCCCAGGCCAAAGCAAGGAGGAAGACCGCCGCGAACAGAGCCUCCAUCGUCUUCAUUGACAGGACGCUGGAUUUGACAGGGGCGGUUGGUCACCAUGGCGACAACCUUGUGGAGAAGAUCAUGUCUGUGCUGCCACCAUUGCCGGGACACAGGAACGACGUGCAGGUGGACAUGCUGGAGCUCACUGACCUGCAGCACACCCCCAACGCGCAGGGCAUACUGGCACUUGGCUGCCUGGCACAACCCCAGGACUCCACUGCCCGGGCUCUGUGGGAGGCCAUGCUGAGCUGUAAGCACAAGGAGGCCGUCAUGGAGGUGCGCCGGCACCUGGUGGAGGCGGCCAGCAAGGAGAACCUGCCAAUCAAGAUGAGUCUAGGUCGGGUGACUGCAGAGCAGCUCUCCUCCUAUGCUCAGCUCUUCAAGAGCAGCUGGGAGGCGCUGGAGAGUCACAGUGGGGUUCUGCAGCUGUCUCUGGCCACUGCCCAGACACUCCGCCACCCUCACCUGGCCACCUGGGACGCCUGCCUGGCAUUCGAGAGGCUGCUGCUGCAGGCUCUCGGAGACUCGGACCUGGCGGGCGUUCUGCGGCAGGUCCUACCUCUGGUGCAACAGCGUGAGGGUGCAGGAGGGGCAGGGUACGGGCCCGACGCACUGCUGCUCCUGCUGGUGUUUGUGUACUCUCUGGCCCAGGAGGCGCGGCCCGGGAAACAGGGCGAGCAGGGUGAACAGGCUGAGCUGGAGCUGAUGGGCGCCCUCACCCUGCUGCUGACCCAGGAAACGAAGCUGUCCCCGCUGCUGCAGACACUGACCGGGUGUGUGACCGCAGAGGAGCUGACCAUGGAGAAGGUGCGUGCGAUCGUGGAGCAAGUGUUCCACACCCUGAGAGGACUGGGCCAUGCCCGCACUCACCUGAAGCAGCUGUCGUCUGUCUACAGCGCCGGGGACGGUGUCCACCAGGCCACCUACAGGCCCUUUGUGAAGCUGGUUAUGGAGGAGAUCUUCCACCCUGACCGGCUGGACUGCCCCGACAUCGAGCACAUGUCCUCUGGCCUCACAGACCUGCUGAAGACCGGCUUCAGUAUGUUCAUGAAGGUGAGUCGACCUCACCCCAGUGACCACGCCCCACUGCUGCUCUUCCUGGUGGGAGGGGUGACCCCUUCUGAGCUGCGGUUGGUCCGAGAGGUGGUCUCCGCCCACAAGCCCAGUACACAGGUACUGGUGCUCUCCACUCGGCUGCUCACACCCAAAGCCAUCCUUGAGCUGCUGUUCACCACGGAUCGCCUGUACCCCGACAUCGGGCUGUGAGGGAGGACGGGGGGGCCCCCCCCGGGGUCUGCGCCACGGGCCGGGACUGUGUGACACCUCUAGACUAUUGCAUUCCUGCAUUUCUGUAUUUCUGGAGCUGGAUAUCUGGUCCUCCACUGACAGUAUGCUCUCUGUCUCUGUGUGCCUGGAUCCCUGUAGGAUACAGACUGAAGGACUUGAUUGACAGGACUUGAUUCCCCGGUAGAUUCCCACACCUCUGACGGUGUCACCGCACCCAGCGCGUGUUACCAUUGUUACAAGGCAGCCUGUGUUCUGUCUUGGGUUUGUUUAAGAUGCAAACGCUGUGCUUGUCCGUACGGACACGAUGUUCUCUGUCCCCAGAUUUCUGAGCUCCCUGUGGAAUA